AGAGAAGAUGGCCUCAGUCAAGACUCUGUAGGACUUCAGGAUGGGGAACUGGGCUGUGAACCACUGGUUUCCCGCCUUGGUGAUUGCUGUUUGGCUGGGAUUGAAUGUCUUAAUCUUUGUGAUUUAUUUCCUGACAUUUGACAGAGGGGAAAAAUAUUUCUACACCAGGCAGAUCCUUGGGUCGGCCUUGGCCUGGGCCCGUGCUUCCGCCAAAUGCCUCAACUUCAACAGCCUGCUGAUCCUGCUUCCCGUUUGUCGGAACCUUCUCUCCUUCCUGAGGGGCACCUGCUCCUGCUGCAGACGCACCAUGAGGAAGCAACUGGAUCACAACUUGACCUUUCACAAGCUGGUUGCCUACAUGAUUGUCCUGCACACAGCCAUUCACAUCAUUGCUCACCUGUUCAACUUUGAGAGGUACAAUGAUGCCCAACAAGCUCCCAACGGAAGUUUGCUUCUCCUCCUCUCGCAAACUAACCAGCACAAGGGGAUGUGGCUGAACCCCAUCCACUCCAACUCCACGACCCCUCUGUACGUGACGUUCACCACCAUUCCGGGCCUGACAGGCGUGAUCAUCACUCUGGCGCUUAUCCUGAUGGUCACCUCUUCAGUUCAGAUCAUCCGCAGGAGCUAUUUUGAAGUCUUCUGGUACACUCACCACCUCUUUGUCAUCUACUUUGUGGGCCUCGUCAUCCACGGCAUUGCAGGUCUGGUGCGCGGGCAGACGCACGAAAGCUUAGAGGAGAAUGAUCCCAAGCGCUGCGUCCAUCACCCUGAAGAAUGGGGUCACCAUCACCGUUGCCAAGUGCCUGAGUUUGAGGGUAUCCCUGCUGAGUCCUGGAAGUGGGUCUUGGCCCCUGCAAUACUCUACGCCUUGGAGCGACUCUUGAGGUUUGGGCGUUCCUGUCAGAGGGUGGUGGUUACAAAGGCGGUCAUGCACCCUUCAAAAGUCCUUGAACUCCAGAUGCACAUGAAGGGCUUCCGCAUGGAGGUGGGGCAGUAUGUUUUCCUCAACUGCCCCUCCAUCUCCCAUCUGGAGUGGCACCCAUUCACCCUCACGUCUGCGCCCGAGGAGGACUUCUUCUCCGCCCACAUCCGGGAGGCAGGCGACUGGACGGGGGCUCUGAUCGAGGCCUUUGAGCGGCAGAAACCAAAGACUCCCAGGAUCAAAGUGGAUGGCCCUUUUGGGACAGCCAGUGAGGAUGUUUUCCAGUAUGAAGUGGCCAUGUUGGUGGGAGCUGGGAUUGGAGUCACCCCCUUUGCCUCUGUGCUGAAAUCCAUCUGGUACAAGUUCCAACACGGUGACCAGAACCUCAAAACAAAAAAGAUCUAUUUCUAUUGGAUCUGCCGGGAGACGGGGGCUUUUGGCUGGUUCAAGGAUCUGCUGGCCUUGCUGGAGCAGGAGAUGCAGGAGUCGGGCCGGGCGGGUUUCCUAAGCUACCGUCUCUUCCUCACGGGCUGGAGCAGCCAGAUGGUUGGCCAUGCAUCCCUCAACUUUGAUCAAUCCACCGACAUGGUGACAGGCCUGAGGCAGAAGACCUCCUUUGGGAGACCCAUGUGGAGCAAUGAAUUCUCAGUGGUGGCCGCUGCACACCCCAGCUCUGUGGUGGGCGUGUUCCUGUGUGGCCCUGAGGCCUUAGCCAAGUCUCUGAAAACGUGCUGCCAGCAACACUCAAGCCUGGACCCCAGGAAGGUCCAGUUCUACUUCAAUAAAGAGAACUUCUAACGUGCCAGAACCUGCUGCCACCUGCAAUGUUUUGAGGCAAGGAACUGGCACAGUUGUUGGCCCUCCCUGGGAAGCCGAAUCCAGAUGGCUACUAUCGCCGCAGGAAUCCUAGGUUAAAUGGGAUUGUGGUUCCAGGAUGAAACCUUGGGCAGCAGAGGCAGAGACUGACUCUGUAAAAUACCAUAACCCACACAUCAGCAUGUCCAAGCACAAAUCUGCAGUGGAGUUACUACACAUUAGGUAACCUUUCCUUUCACUGUUUUCAAUACCGGAAUUAAGCUCACAGCAUACAGAAAGCGAUUUCUGCCUGCCCUCCGCCAGCUUUCUUAACUUCAGAACCCGACUUGGCCAGGGGUGGGGGGUGGCUGUUUCUUGUUGCCAUUGUUGAGCAAACAAAACCCCUUGCCCCUCGACUACAACUUGCACCACCUCAUCCCGUCUUCUCAAUAUAGCUCUACUCCUCUGCAAGAGAGGAUUUCUGUCUGCAUUCACCUGGAUCUGUUCCUACUUGAGUUGUGUCUGGGACUCCUGAAGUAUCAGAAGAGAUGUUGAGUUCAGCUUCCAUAGUUUGCCAACCAAGCUGUGGAGAGGUGGUCGUAUUUAUCGCGAUCCCCACUUUUUGGCCGUCUGUUUCGAAAAAAGACUGUUCAGGCAUCUGCUCACGCUUUCCAGCUGGUGAAUCAAAGGACUGUGGGGUCUGAGGGAGGCGGCCACUCGGACAAUUGCGGCUACUCCCAGGAUAGCGCAGGAGCCAUGACUGGUCCCUGGGGGUCAGCCCCUCCAUCUAUGGCACAAAGGUUUUCAGUUGAUAAGUGUGUCUUGGAACUCUGCUCAUGUCUACUCAUAACGUAUCUUUCAGAAAGGAGAGUUUUGUCAGAAUAUUAUAUCGUCCCAGGUCAAGACUAAGAAAGCCCUGUCCUCCUCACAGGAAGUACCAGCACUUUUGCCUGUAAGAACAGCCCAGUUGGAUCAGGCCCAGGGCCUCUCUAGUCCAGCAUCCUGUUGGCCCACCAGAUGCCUCUGGGGAGCCCACAGGAAAGAGCUGAGAGGGGAACGCAGGCCCUUUCUCCUGCUGUGGCUCCCCUGCAACUAGUAUGGAGAGGCAUCUUGCCUCUGAGGCUGGAGGUGGCCUAUAGCCUAGCCACCCGACUAGUAGCCAUGGAUAGACCUCUCCACCAUGAAUCUGUCUAAGCCCCUUUUAAAGCCAUCCAAGCUGGUGGCCAUCACAUCCCAUGGCAAAGAAUUCCAUAGAUUCAUGAUGUGCUGUGUGAAAAAGGACUUGCUCUUGUCGGCCCUACAUUUCUUGGCCUUCAGCUUCAUGGGGUGACCCCUGGUUCUAGUGUGAUGAGGGAGGGAGGGAAACUUCUCUCUGUCUGCUCCGUGCAUAAUUUUAUACACCUCCAUCAUCUCUCCCUGGUCGCCUCUUUUCCAAACUGAGAAGCCCCAGAUGCUGUAGCCUUGAUAAGGAAUGUGCUCCAGGCCCUGAUCAUCUUGGUUGCUCUCUUCUGCACCUUCUCCAGUUCUACAAUGUCUUCCUUAAGAUAGGGUGACCAGAACUAUAUGCAGUAGCCCAACUGUGGCCACACCAUAGAUUUGUAGAAGAGCCUUAGAAUAGCAGUUUUAUUUCCAGCCCCCUUCCUAAGGAUUCUAGCAUGGAAUUGGCCUUUUUCACAGCUGCCACAUACUGAGACACUUUCAAAGAGCCGUCCACCACGACCCCAAGAUCUCUCUCCUGGUCAGUCACUGACAGCUCAGACCUGUUCAGUGUAUAUGUGAAGUUGGGUUUUUUUUGCCCCAAUAUGCAUAACUUUACACUUGCUUACACUGAACAGCAUUUGCCAAAAAGGAAGUCGUCUUCCCCUUUAUAGCUUCCCUGACUCUUGUUAGCCAUGCUGGCAUCCUCCUGAACUUGGUGCCAACUUUCCUCCUUGGUAUCGUCUUCCUUUGGCUUUUAUGCAAGAGAUUGGUUUGGCCUCAGCUUUAUUCAGGGGCUGUGUUUGGGUUCUUGAGGCAAGUUUUUAUCUUUGGCUCUGUCAGAGUCACUGACUCUUCCUUUAUUUGUAUCCAGUGCCAGUACUAUCAGGGUGGGCAAGAGUGCUUUGCAUGGUGGUGCCACUUGCAAGCAUGAGGACUAGAAAUUUGUUCAAAAAAACAAAAAUAAAGUUCA